AUGCCAUCUCCCACUAGAGUUGGAGUCUACCAGACACACUUACUCUCCGAAGGCGGUACCAUCUUAAUCGUGGAUGACAUAUACGGAGAGGAACGAGUCCAUGAGCCAGUUCUAGUAGAGCUUCUUCGGAGCCCGGAGGUGCAGCGACUGCAAGGUAUCUGCCAGUAUGGAAUUACUUCAUUCUUGGGCCUGACACCGCGAGUCACGCGCCUCGAGCAUUCGGUCGGUGCAUUCAUACUCGUGCGGAGAGUGGGUGCUACACUUGAAGAACAAGUCGCUGCUCUUCUCCAUGACAUCUCUCAUACUGUCCUCAGUCAUGACGUCGAUUAUGCCCUCUCCAAGCUUGGCGAAGAAAGCUAUCACGAGAUACACAAGGCCCGCUAUCUUGGCAUGACAGACUUACCCGACCUCCUCAGCAGGCAUCACAUCGACCACAAGGUCUUUGAUGAAGAUCUCUUUCCCUUGGUAGAGAUGCCGUCGCCUCAACUAUGUGCCGAUCGCCUAGACUAUGCUCUACGAGACUCCCUCAGCUUCGGCAAUCUUGCCAUGGAAGACGCCAAAAGGAUAUUCGGCUCACUUGCGGUCUUCCCCACUCCUACAGCACCUCGCCGUCUACUGGUGCUAAAGGAUCCACAUGUAGCACUCAUUCUUGCUCGUGCAUACAUCACUACCGACAGAGACGUCUUGUCCAGCCCGGCCAUUGUCGACAUGUCUGAGCGAACGGGCCGCAUCAUAGGCGAAUUGGUCGAGGCAGGGGCCGUGAAUGAUAACAUGUUGUGGCAAAUGUCCGACGCUGAAUUUUGGGCUGUGCUGCGUGAAGCAGCCAAUCCUGACCAACUUCGCGCCAUCAAGAGACUGGAAGAUGAGGGCAUCCCAAACGACCAGAGCCUUCAACGGCCAAAAGGUACCAAAAUUCGCACCCUGGAUCCAGAUGUUUGGCAACAAGGAGAAACCCACCCAGCCCCUCUGUCGAUAAUCUUGCCAAUGUGGGCAUCAGAGCGACUACAGUACAUUCACACUCGUCAGCAGCAAGGAUAA